CUGGUAUGAUUGUCAUUUGUACCAAUAAUGAGCCAUAACUAGGUAAUUCGAUUAGGUAACGCACUACACAUUACCCUCGAGUUACGUGACGUAUGUAUAUGCUCUUAUGUGCAUACAUACGUACCUAUAGCAAGUUGUACGCUGAAAAUAGCAACUUCACGCCAGUGAUUAUGCGAAGAUAUUGGCGCGCGUUUAGUGACAGUGCCCUCCCCGAGGCGGCGGCAGAAAGUUGAGCGAUGCUCGCUCCCUUGAUUUUAUUGAGUGCGGGCGUCGCGGCGCUGGCGGGGCCGGCGGGCGCGGCGCGCGUGCUGGGCCUGUUCCCGCACUCGGGCCGCAGCCACCAGAUGGUGUUCGAGCCGCUGCUGCGCGCCCUCGCCGAGCGCGGCCACCACGUCACCGUCGUCUCCUUCUUCCCGCUGGACCAGCCGCCCGCCAACUACACCGACGUCAGCCUCGAGGGCAUCUCGCCCAUCGGCGUCGAGACCGUCAACAUCGAGGAGUUCGAGAGCUUGUACUCGCCGUACGCCUGGCCGCGGGUGCUCGGCGUGGACCGCGUGCUGAGCCAGUUCCUCGGCUUCCACCCGCUCGCUGAAAUGGCCGUCAACAUCUGCAGCAAGCUGGUGGAGCUGCCCACGCUGCGGGAGGCGCUGCAGAAGAAGUACGACGUGGUGCUCGUGGAGAACUUCAGCAGCGACUGCAUGCUGGGCCUGCUGCAGGCAUAUGGAGUCCAGGCUCCCAGGGUAGCGCUGCUGUCCAGCAACCUCAUGCCGUGGUCGGCGGAGCGCAUCGGCGCGGCCGAGCUCCCGUCCUACGUGCCCACCGUCAGCACAGAGUUCACUGAUAGAAUGACCUUUCUACAGCGAAUGGAAAACUCGUUCGUCAAGCUUGGAUUGAAGCAGUGGUUCCACUAUUUGAUACAGGAAAAAGAGCAGGAGUUGAUAGAGAAGAGCCUGGGCAAGAAGGUGGACCUGCAGGCGCUGGCCAAGAACACGUCGCUGAUGCUGGUGAACACGUUCCACGGGCUGAACGGGGUGCGGCCCACCGUGCCCGGGCUCGUGGAGGUGGGCGGCAUGCACCUGCAGCGAGCCAGGAAACCCAUACCGCCGUUCAUGGAAAAGUUCCUGGACGAGUCGCCAGAGGGCGUGAUCCUGUUCAGCUGGGGCUCGCUCAUCAAGACGGCGUCCAUCCCUCCACACCGGGAGCAGGUGCUGGUGCGCGUGCUGUCGCGGCUGCCGCAGCGGGUCAUCUGGAAGUACGAGGGCAGCGCUCCGGAGGGAAACCUGACGGGCAACAUUUUGCGGGUUAACUGGAUACCGCAGUAUGAGCUUUUGUUGCACAAAAAGGUGAUAGCAUUCAUCGCCCACGGCGGCCUACUCGGCAUGACGGAGGGCAUCUCGGCGGGGAAGCCCAUGCUCGUGGUGCCGUUCUUCGGAGACCAGCCCUGCAACGGCGCGGCGGCCGAGGCGGUCGGGCUGGGCACCGUGCUGCGGUAUGCCGACCUCAAUGAGGAGGCCUUCGGUGAAGCGGUUAGGAAGGUUUUGAGCGCGCCGAUGCGGCUUUCCGCUCGGCAAGUGUCCAAAAUCUGGCGGGAUCGGCAGACGGAGCCCCUAGAAACCGCUGUCUACUGGACAGAGAGGGUGGCGCGAUGGGGUGCCGCCUCGCCGCUGCACUCCUCCGCUCGGGACCUGCCCUUCUACGAACUAUACCUACUAGACAUACUGGCAGCCGCGCUUCUAGCUGUGGUGGCCCUUCUUAUAGUCCUUAGAAUAAUGGUCAAGAUGCUCAUGUAUUUUUUAGCGGCAUUGUUCGUCAAACAACCAAAGAAAAAGGUGCACUAGUUAAUCUGUGGUAACCUAAUGUGCUGCAGUUGUGUUGUGUGAUAGAUAGAAUAUGCGUACCUACCUAAGUUUAUAGUAUACCUAAACAAGAUACAUUUCUAGAUAGGUAUACCCAUAAUUUUAUUGAAACAAUGUGAUAAUUUAUGUUAGUUAAGAAUACAAUACAAAUGUAGAAGUCUAGUGUACCUACCUAUUUAUUUCCAACUUUAUGAAAUGUGAAAAAUAAAUCUAUUUACUUACUUAUUAAAUAUUAUUAUUAUACUUACGUAAGUACUAAUAAUCCACAGUGUAAAUUAUUCAAUAUACCUAUGUUCUAAAAUAAAAGUAUCA